AUGACAGAAAGUGGUGGCCAGGAACAGUCAAGAUGGGUAACAACAGUUAUUAUGAGUACAGCUCUGCAGAAUCAUGAAAUUUCUACAGUUCUACAGAGGCAACAACACCGAGUUCGAUAUUCAGAAUCAGUGGAAAUUGGAUCUGUGAUUUUUUCCCGUUCUGGUGUUGCAUUUAUGCUGGAAGACACUCAAGACUUGCUUACAACAGGGGAAGAACAGGAAGAACAGUUUUUCACAAGAAUUCAGAAAUUCAUAAACAUUCAUCGGAACAGUUUUUUGGUUUUGUCAGCUGCUCUUCAUGGACCAGAAGAAUGGAAUGCCAUGUUUAGGAUUCAGAGAAGAUUCCUGGGCAGUAAUUUACGUAUAAUACCAGUUCAUAAUACUGCUGAAGCUGUUAAGUUAAUGCUAACUAUAGCUAAG